ACUAAAGCAGGAACCAAAUGAUAUACAAUAUUACACCACUACGGAAGUACUGAUGACACGGAAGUGCUUGAUGGUCAGACGGCGCCGGACACGUGGUAGCAUGCCGGUCAGUAUAAAUAGCAGGUGGACAACUGAGAGGUCAUUCAUCCGACCUCCUCGGCAGUGUCAAGAAUCCUCGCUCGCCCCGCCCACCAAUCACCAUGAACAAGUCUCUGAUGCUAGUGUUGAUCCCCUGUCUGGUGGCUUACGUCAUGGCCCAGUAUUACCAGCCUGGAUACGGUGGUAUGGCUGGAUACGGUGGUGGGUACGGGCCUGGAACCUACUACAACUACGCUGCGCAGAGCGCCCAAGGAGCAAAGACAAGCAACUUGUUGAACUAUGGCCUUCUCUUCUUCGCCAUCCUCAUCCUGACAAAUGCCACUGGAAGUAUCACUGGUUAAACGUAGUUAACAGAAGCUUACAUGCACCUUCACAAGAAAUCAAAUGAAUUCCACAGACGUCCUGUUAUUGCUGAUAUUGCGCGAUGUAUUUUGUGUUGCUAUGAAUAAAACUGUAUUUACAUAAAA